CUUCUUGGGUUCACACCCGGCUCCGCCCGCGCAGGCUCCCAAAAGGCGAGGGCGAGGUGCUGGGGCCAAAGCGCGUGUGAGCACAGAUCAGUAUUUUUGGAAGGGAGACUCCAGCCUCCAUGGAACCCACGUGCCUUCACGUUGUCGUGUCGGUGCGCUCUCAUCCACCCUCGUGUCCGCGGUGACGUAACAAGGCACUGUGACGUCAUCCCUUACCCUGUGACGUAACCCAGAGGCUAGACUGCCUGGUACAGUCGGGCAGUGGGGCCUCCCGAGGCCUCUUUGGCCCCGUUACACAGGUAGAAUGGCCUCACCCCUUCGGAGAAAGCCUGCUUCGCCCCAGGUGGAAACCACUCGCUACAAGGAGACGUCGACCCACCGCGUGGAGACGUCGACCCACCGCGUGGAGACCUCCUCCCGGCAGGUGCGCACGUCUUCCCGGCAGGUGGAGACCUCCCAGCGCCGCCGUGAAGGGCCUUCCCUAUCCCCCUCUGGGAAGCGGUUCCCUCACGUCCUCGAGGUGUCUUCCCAGCACGUGGAAAUCUCCUCGCAGCGCACAGAAACGUCCUCCCGCCACGUCAGCGCCUCGUCCCUGCGGGUAGAGACGUCUCUACAUCGCAUGGAGAGCCCGACACGGCAGGACAAGCUGGCAGCCCGCCAGAAUGUAAAAAUGGCCAGAUGAAAUGCUUCCCAGAGGUCACAAAAGAGCCAUGGCCCUCAGCCAGGACGGAAUUGCCUCCAUUGUGCAGCCACCCAGCUGCCAGGUGAACAAGCAUCUUUGAUUUCAUGGAAAUAGCCCCAUAAAUCAAUGUAAGAAACAGCCAAGCUACAGUUUCGGUUUCGGGACUCAGCCAACAUUUAUUGACCAUGCUGCACCUUGGACCAUCCUACCUUUGACCCAGCCAACUAUUUUAAUUUGAAGCCAGCAUAAAAAGUUUUCAGGCCCAUGAUACUGUAUAAAUGGAUGAAGAGGCUGUUUGAACGUCAGCCAGGGCCUGGCUUGACCUACCUAAUUUUUCCUUGCCUGUUGUCAUCUGGUAGCCACCAAUAAGUGAGAAAGUUUGCACUAAAAUGUUGGAUAUUUCAGAAAACUUGACUUUCACAGGGAAAGCUUUUCUAAUAGCUGAGCUAGUCCCAUCAUGGACUAGGCUGCCUGCCUGCCACAGCGGUGGUGGUCACUGUCGCCCUGAGAAAGGACAGAUGGAGGCCGGACAACCACUUGGGAAGAGAUGCCUAUUGGACAGGAGGGCCAGGAAGGUCCCAGGAAGCCUGAGGUUUGAGCGGGGCGGGGAGAAGAGGAAAGAAACCCUGCUCCCUUGCCUAACUCAACAGAAUGUUUCAUCUUCCCUAUUUCCACACUGGUCUCCCUUUUCCUCACCCCACACCAUCCCUAAACUGUGCUCAUGUUUUAUUCUCUCCUAGGCUUCCUCAAAGAGCUGUCUGCACUCACUGCCUAAACUUGCCCAUCCUGAUUGUCUUUGCCUAGCCUUGCAGUCUAGCUGCACCAAGUCUGUCCCCGGUGUGUCUUCCUGCUAUUCCCGGUGCCUUCUCAGUCCCCAUCCUCCCUGACCCUUCUGUAGCAUUUGACACGGGGAACCAUCCUCUCCUCAAAAUUUUUCCUCCGUGGGUGGUCCGUGAGCCUGCACACUCUGGCCCAGCCUCCUUUCACUAUGUCCUGCCCCCCACUACUCCAAACCCUGCAAAUGUCAGUGGGCCCCAGAAUUCUUUCCCCAGCCUUCCUUUCUCGUUUUGCAUACCCUACCCCAGCACUCACAGUGCCAACUGCUUCCUGCAUGCUGCCGUCCCUCCCACCCAGACCGCUCUCCUGAGCACCGGACCUUCAUGGCCUGGACACCUUUUCUUUGAUGGCCUAGAUUCAACAUCUAUUCAAAGUGUCCAAAACUGGCCCAUCUGCCUCCUGGCCCCUCCUCCCCACCAUAACUUUGGUCAUCUUCCCUCAUACUUCCACCUGCCAUUCCUCAGGGAAAUGCUGUGUGCCCACUUGCCUGGUAGAAAUCGCCUUUAGCUUUGACUUCUGUCUCACAAUUACCAUCCCCAUCCCCAUACAAGUCUGUCCAGUGGGUCUAUCUGCUUGGUCUCUUGCAACCAGCUCAUGGGCAUUGCCCUAGUUCAGAGUCUUGCUAUCUCUCUGUCCGGCCUCCUUUCCUCCCUUCUGAUCCAUCUCCAAAAUGCCACCAGUGUUACGUUUCUCAAACAUGUCACGCUCUCCCUUCCUCAAGCAUUCCCCGUGCUUCUGCACCUCCCUCCACUAUGCCUCCCCUGGCUUUCAGUUCUCUCAGUGCCACAGGUCCCUCCGGGCACUCUGCUCCAGCCACAUCCUGCUGUGCCCACUCCCGAACAGCACACUUCUUGUGAUACUUUCAAGGUGUGCUGGGACUCCACAGCACCACUCCCCGGAAGAACAGGAGGAGGAGCACAGAGGAAUGGGAAUGGGUGAAACCAAAGAAGCUGUGGGGUCUGGCCUUAGGUAAGGAUGGCACACCAGGUGUCACUUGCCCAUUGUCCUCGUCAGAGGGCACUUCUGGAUGAGGGUAUGGUAGGUACCAGCACCCAGUCAAGCAUGUUAGUGUGCAGGGCCUAGAUCCAGUCCUGAGACCUUUAACUCAAGGCAGGAGCCUGUCUGUGAUGCAAGAUGCUGUAAUUCCCUGGAGCCCAGGAGCCAGCAUCAUGACCAGGCCUGGCUUCCUGCUGCCUCUCUGCUCUCAUCUCCUACCACCCCUUCCCCACCCCUGACUCCUUUUCCGCCUUGCAGGCCUUCAUGCUAAUCUUUAAAUAUACCACGUUUGUUCCUGCCUCAGGGCCUUUGCACUUCCCAUGUAUGAUGCCUAGAAUGCCCUUCCCCAGAGUUUUUAAUAGUUUGCCUCUUCACAUCAUUUAGGUGUUAAAUCAGAUAUUGAUUUUACUGAUUAAAUGCCCCCUUUUUCCUCCCCCACCUUCAUCACUCUUAUCCCCUAACCCUUAUUUUAUAUUUCUCUAGUGUGAAUUUAUUUUAUUUGUUGCCUGUUUUUUAUUGUCUGUUUUUCCCACUGGAAGGGCAAGGACCUUGAUUUGUCACUACAUCCCCAAAAUCCUAUAAUCGUAUCUAGCACAGAGCAGGUGUGCAGUGUUUGUGGUACAAGUGAAUGAAGGAACGCAUGAAUGAGUGAUCAAGAUGAAGUUCAGGACCUCAGCAGUUUGAACUCAGAUUGAGGCUGCCACUACAGCCUCCACAUCAGUCUGGGCAAGAUUGGCUGGCACUGAGCCAAGGCCAUUGGCAGGCUCGCGGGCGAGAAGCUGGGGGAGACCAAGGUGGACGCUUGCACUUGCCUCUGGCCCUCUGAUGUGCCUUCUGACAGGUAAAAUCCUGCCUGGCCCCAGGGCUGUGCUCCGUUUCCACCUCCACCCCACCCUGAGCCCACUUCCUGGGUGUUCUCAUUCCUAGCACUGAAACCCCUUUUCACAGCACCCCCGUGAUUGCUUCUAGAAUAUUCUUCCUUGUUUACUCAUGUCUCUCCCAUGAGACUGAAAGCACAGCAAGGGCAGAGACUGUGAUAAAGCCCCUUUGUGUUCAGUAACUCCGCAUGGACCGAGUGAACAAGAUCAGGCUUGUCUGGACACAGGCAUGGUCAGUGAAUGUUCUCGACCUCUGUAAGGCAGGGCAUCCCCUGGCAGUAAGCAGGGCAGAAACGGGGACGUAGCUUACCUGGAGCACCACCGAGGGCACAUUUGGAAAGCCAGACCGGCUUUGAAUAAAGACAGAAUUGUUUGGUGACACGUGCUCAUUCCUGUGCUAGUGGUCUUUCCCCUUCUCCUUUUCAUUCACCCACGAUUUAUGGGUUCUCACUCAUUGCCGGCUUUGGGGAUGGCCACUAGGAGUUAGGGGAAGACAGAACCGGAAGAUUCAAGCUCAGAAUCGAAUCAGUGCCUCCUGCUGGGGCAAGCCAGGCGGGCGACCCCAGGAUUCCUCCUUUCCCUUCAGUCUAUUCUAAAUUGCCUUCAUCCCGAGAUGCUUCAGAUGGGAGUCCAGACCUAAACUGGAUUAAACAGAUUGCUGUGCUUGCAAACAGCAAGACUCCAGAGUCAGAAAAAUCACCUUAUCCCUUUUCUUAAAUGAGAACCCAAUUCCACCAUAUCUGUUCUGGUUUGGCUCCUUGAGGCGUGGCACAUGGCAGUGACACAGCCGGCAUUAUCCAGAUCCCCUGGGACCACCAGUGUGAGCUGGCCAGGUGGGAAGGCCUGGCUGAGACUGUCUCCCCACCAGUCUGAGGUCUGCGGAUUAGGCUUCUUGGUUAGAGAGCUCCAGACAGGGAGCGUCAGGGCAGGUCCCCCGGGAAGACAGACUUGUCUGUCUGGCCAGCGGGAGGCAAGAAUCACUGUUCACCCACGAGGGUGGGGCUGGUCGGGCAUCCAGGCGGCUGUUUUAUAUCAUUAUUAAUUUUUGGACAGUUUCUUUUCUGCUUAUUUGUGCAUGUCAUAAGGCUCCUUAAAUGUUAUUAUUUAGUCUUCAUAUUCCCUAUUUAAAAAAAUAUUCACUGUGCCAUAUUGUAGCAUGUUGGACCCAACAGCUAGGCACUGCACUCAUCACCUUUUGUGUACAAACCUGUCAUUUUUCUGUUGAAUUAUUUCUCCUUUCCCAGGAGUGGGAUUACCAGGUAGAAAGAGACGAAUGUUUUAAUAGCUCUGGGGCUGUAUUGCCCAAUUUCUUCCCUAAAACGCUGUGCUAAUUUCCAGGGCUGCUGGCAGUGUGUUUAAGCUGGUUUUACCAUAACCUCAGCAGCAGCACAUGUUAUCAUUUUGUUAAUGUGUGCUAAUUUAGUAGGUGUAAAGUGGCACGUCAGGCCUCUCUAAUGUGCAUUUUCCUGAUUACAGCCAAGAGGAGCGUGUUCUAGGUGUUGGCCUCCUCCUUGGCGUUCACGCCUGAUGAUGGUCUGUCUCCCUGCAGUGUAGCACUGGGUCUCUGUCUCUGUGCCUCUUGCUGUCUGUCAUCCUUGCUCUCUCUGUAAGUCUGUCUGGCUGCCUUGGUCUUUCAACUUCUGAUUCCUGUCUUUCUCUGGUUUCUAAGUGGGCAGGCACAUGGCUGGUUCAUGGAGGUCCUGGACAGGCCCGAACAAGUUGCCGGCUACACCCAGACACUCUGGUCACUGGCCUGUAAGGCCUCCCUCCCCGGCUAAGCUCAGACAGGGUCCUUACUUCCACAGGGGGCUGGCUCAUCGGGAGCCCCUUUCAUCUCCCCAGGUGGCCUCAUCUGGGCUGACCUCCUGAGAAGUGGCUGGAAGUGACCCAGUGACCUCCAAUGAAGCAUUCCAGGCUCUCCACCCUCAGGACAAAUGGACUUGCCAGAGGGACCUGCAUGUCCUGGCAAUUGGGGACCUAUGGUCUGACAGAGCCAGUGCACUCAAAGUCCAGAUGAGUAGACAGCAGAGGGGCCCACAGCAAUGGCAGCCACUCAGCCUGUCCUUCCUGCUCCAACCAGCCCCUUGCCUAGAGUGGCAGAAAGAGCUUCUUUCUCAGGCGGAAAACACACUUGACCCAGAUGGGUAGGUGCACACCAGCACUCCGUGGUGUGGCAGGGACUGGGUGCACUGCCUCCCUUCCUGUGGCAGGUUGGAAGGCAUUGAAGGUUCUUGAGCACUUGGGAAAUUUCAGGAAGACUUCAGAAAGGCAGCUGACCUCCAGGGGAGCCUGUGCAGAUGCACUUGGGAGCCCCAUGGUUGGUGAACUGCUCCAGACCCUGGACCUGCUGCUGCUCAUCACUGAGGCAGGCAGGUCUUGAGAAUGUGGGUUUCUGCUGUUGCCUCUCAGACCCUGUGAACAGUCCGAGCACGUUACAGUCAGCAAUGGUUAAAAGCCAGAUGAGAACUCAGACAUCAAGUUCUACCCUCUCGUUUUAUUUACCAUUUUUAACACUCAGCUCUUUUAAAAAUUAUUGUUCUAUAAGUGGUGCAUGCCCAUUCGAAAAUAUUUGGAAAACACAGAAAACAGUAAAGAAGAAAAUAUAAUCCUGUAAAUUCACCAAAGAUAACUGCUGUUACAUUUCCAUCUCAACCGUUUUCCUACAGAUGUGUGUAUUUUUAUUAGCCCUGAGAUCAUGCAGUAUAUGUAAUUUUGUAUCUGCUUUAUUCACUUCAAAUUAGAUUGUAAGCAUUUUCAACAUAAUGAAAUGUUCUUCAUAAUCCCCUUUAAUGGCUACAUACGAGUGUUUUGAAUGGGCACACUGUAAAUAUUUCCUGCUCCCCAAAUGUUGGGCAUUUACGUUUUCAGUUAUUCAAAAGCAUAAAAACACACUAAAGUAAAUAUCUUUUAAAUAUAAAUCUUUGGGGCCGGCCGAA